AUGCCGUCUAUUCAUAACAAGGACAAACCGUGGGACACGGACGACAUUGACAAGUGGAAGAUCGAGCCCUUCAAGCCAACUGACAAUGCCGCUGGACACUUCGUCGAAGAAUCGUCCUUCGCAACCCUUUUCCCCAAAUACCGCGAGUUCUACCUGCGCGAAAGCUGGCCGAUGAUCACGAAGGCUCUGGAGCGACAUGGCAUUGCAUGCACGCUGGAUUUGGUGGAAGGAAGCAUGUCUGUGAAGACUACCCGAAAGACAUGGGAUCCUGCUGCUAUUCUCAACGCACGAGACCUGAUCAAGCUCCUCGCGCGAAGCGUACCGGCACCCCAAGCGGUCAGAAUCCUGGAGGACGGAGUGGCAUGCGACGUAAUCAAGAUCCGAAAUCUGUGCCGCAAUAAGGAAAAAUACGUCAAAAGACGCCAGCGUAUACUGGGACCUGACGGGAAAACGUUGAAAGCACUUGAAUUGCUGACUAGCACCUACAUUCUAGUCCAGGGCUCAACCGUGAGCUGUAUGGGUGGAUUCAAGGGCCUCAAGGAAGUGCGCCGCGUUGUGGAAGAUUGCAUGGCAAAUGUUCAUCCCAUUUAUUCGAUAAAGGAGCUUAUGGUUAAGCACGAAUUGAUGAAGGAUCCUACCUUGGUUAACGAAAGCUGGGACCGUUUCCUGCCAAACUACAAGAAGCGGAACCUAAGCAAGCGCCGUGUACCGUUCAAGGUUACGGACAAGGCCAAGAAGAACUAUACGCCAUUCCCCCCGCCGCAGGAGAAGUCCAAGGUUGACAUGCAGAUCGAGGCCGGUGAAUAUCACAUUGGCCGCGAGGCCAAGAAGAGAAUCGCAGAGGAGGAGCGCGUAGCGAAGCAGAAGGCCAAGAAGGAGGAGAAGAAGAGGGAACGAGAGCAAGAAUUCGUUGCACCGGACGAGGGCGUCGAGCGAAAGAAGAAGAAGAGAAAGACCAAGACGGACGAUGAGUAA